CCCAAACCCACGUGUUUGCGAGAGAACAACCAAGAUUCGCCUGCCUCCACCCCCACUGAGUGGUUUCCUUCCAAUCCCCGCUCCCACCACCACCACCACCACCUCCAACUGCCACGAUGCGCCCAUUGACCGAGGACGAGACGACCGUCUUCUUUGAGAAGCUGGCCCGGUACAUUGGGCCCAACAUCCGCCUGCUGCUGGACCGACCAGACGGCCCGUACUGCUUCCGCCUGCACAAGGACAGGGUGUACUAUGUGAGCGAGGCGAUUAUGCGCCUGGCCACCAACUGCGCACGCGACAACCUCAUGGGCCUGGGCACGUGCUUUGGCCGCUUUAACCGCAGCCGCAAGUUCCGCAUGCACGUGACCGCGCUGCCGUACCUCUCCGCCUAUGCCGUGUACAAGGUGUGGGUCAAGCCCGCCGCAGAACAGUCGUUCCUGUACGGCAACCACGUGCUGAAGAACGGCCUCGCGCGCAUGACAGAGAACACGCCCCAGUACCAGGGCGUGGUGGUGUACAACAUGAAUGACCUGCCGCUUGGGUUUGGCGCCACCGCAAAGAGCACACAGGAGUGCAGAACCAUGGACCCCACAGGGAUUGUCGUCUUUCGACAGGCCGAUGUUGGCGAAUACCUCCGUGACGAAGACAUUCUCUCAUAACCGUGCCAUGUUCAUGUGUUGUGUGUGUGUGUUGUGUGUGUGUGUGUGUGUGUGUGUGUGUGUGUGU